AUGGUGACCACAAACCCACUCGCUUCUAUACUUGACAAGAAUUGUUUGACUGGAUCCAAUUUCACUGAUUGGGUGAGGAAUUUGAGAAUUGUUCUCAAUUCGGAGAAAAUCGGGUAUGUGCUUGAUCAAAAGAUGCCAGACUCCUUUCCUGAGGGUGGGACCCAAGAUGAGCGCGUCACUUAUGAUAAGUGGUGUGAUGAUGACUUAAAAGUUAGGUCAUACAUGCUUGCUUUAAUGAAUAAUGAAUUGCAGAAGAAGUAUGAAACUAUGGAAGAUGCUAGAUAUGAGAUAUCUAAGGCAUUGUACCGUAUGAGGAUGGCUGAGGGAUCAUCGGUUAAUGAUCAUGCUUUGAAGAUGAUUUGGCACAUAGAAGAGUUGGCUAGGUUUAAUCUUAUUAUGGAUAAUGAGUUAGCUGUGGAUUUGAUCCUCUAA